AUGGACAGUGCCAUACCUGUCACGGAUGGUGCAAUUAAUUUACCACUGUGCAAAAGAACCACUAGUCGGGCAAAAUCGACUAGACUUUGGAAAAGGGCAAAAGCCCAACUGAACUCUGAAUUUGAGCUCAGUGAUAUCAAGGAAGAGUUCCCUGAGUCCCAUAUGGAGGAUUCAGGAGAUCUUUCUGGUCCUGAUUAUGAAAUUACUGAUGAAGAGGAUGCUAAUCUCACGCGGGAUACACGUCCUAUCAAACCUACCAAGAUUGAGGUAGAUCAUUCAGCCUCAGGGAACACAAUAGGAUCUUGGACACUCAAUGUGAAUCCCUAUUCAAACCUGACGACCUAUGUCACCCAGUGGUCUCCUCAGACCACAUUGAAAAGUAUAUUGCAUCCAGAGUGCGCAAGCCUUUUGAGAAGGCAAAGUUAA